GCUCUCUUUUUUUUUCGCUUUUUCCAUUUUUUUUUUCUUCAUCUUUUCAUCCUCCUUCUCUUCCAUUUCUCUUUAUUAUUUUUUCUAUAUUCAGUUAUCACCCCAUCAAGUAGUAUUAUGAACCAUUGCUCCUCACGCCGCAACGACAACACGACAAUCAAACCUAAUAACGCUCUCCGCAUUGAUACCGAUCCUCUUGGGAUCUCUUACCAACCCGAUAAUGAUCAUGAUGAACAAUACUACUCUGAACUAUUUCGACAACUCCAUCAUCAUCAUCAUCAUCAUGAAGACCCACAAAAUCCAACAUACACUGACAACGUGUCAUCUCAUUUAACCGUUCAUCAUCGCCCGUCUACGGAGGCGACCGCGCCGUUACCUUCAUUAUCAUUGACCUCGUCUCCUUCAUCCUCCCGAUCCUCCUCCGUCACCACGUCUCCCAUCCUUCAAAGUGAAAAUGCCACAGCACCUCCCGUAUGUAUCCCACGACGGGAUGUCACUCACCGAAGUAAAUGUCAACUGACUCGCCGUUCGACUCUCACAUCUCCCGCCCCCAACAGUAGUGGUGUGUCGUCCAAAUCAUGGAAUCACAUCAAAUCACCUGCAGCGACGUUUCUCGCGAGUUUCGCUUCUCCCGUGCAGACCAGUCCGACUCAGGAAGAAGACGGCGAUGAAAUAGAUGAUUAUGUCCUGGGCAAGGUCAUUGGUCACGGAGGAUUUUCCGUGGUCCGAGAAGGCUAUUGUAUUUCCGAUGGUCACAAGGUCGCUGUCAAGGUAAUUGCAAAGUCCCAGUUGGACGAUACCGAGCAAAUGCGUCUUGAUCGUGAAUUGGCCAUCUGGAAAUCGCUUGAUCAUCCGUCGAUUGUUGUUGUUGAGAAAGUGUUAGAAACCGAUUAUGCGGUGUAUGUCAUUUGCGAUUACUGUCCGCACGGCAGUCUGCUGAAUCGUUUGAAAGAGGGACCACUGUCGGAGCAAGAGAGUCGACGCAUCUUUAUCGAACUGUGUCAAGCUCUGCAAUACCUGCAUCACCACUGUAAGGUAUGCCACAAGGAUAUUAAAUUGGAUAACGUUCUUUUGGACCGAUCCGGUCACGUCAAACUAUGUGAUUUUGGUCUGGCCGUUUAUCAGACCCCCACGACAGCCAUGUCUUCUCCCUCAGGUAUGCCUAUGACGCCUUCACCGGAACCGGAUCCUGCCGGCGGUUCGCUGGCCUACAUGGCUCCCGAACAACUGAAAGCCAAUACAGUGCUGGCGUGUCCAAAGACCGACAUUUGGUCUUUGGGCGUUGUGCUCUAUGCACUAGUGACAGGCCGACUUCCAUUUGCUGAUGACUAUGAAUUGCGUUUGCAACAAAAGGUGAUGGCCGGUCAAUUUGACUUGCCCGAUCAUCUUUCCACCGAAUUAAAAUCUCUCAUUCAACGAUGUCUGCAAACCGAUCCUCAAGACCGCUUAUCCGUGGAAGAGGUAUUAAACAUGCCAUGGUGUCAGCAGCACUAAUAUCUUUUCUUUGUUGAUGAUCCCCCCCAACCCUCUAUCUGUCUUUCUCACUUUUUCUGUCACUCCUCUUUUAUCCAGAUCCAUAUCUGCAUCCAUUUUUUUUCUCCAAUUGUCUCUCAUUCUGUAAAUAUUAUCUCAUGUUGUUAAUCAUUCCUCUCGUUUUUAUAUUUUCCUCCAAUGUAUGUAUGUAAUGUAUCCCUGAUCACCCUUUGUUAGCGUUUUUUUAUAUCGUAUUGUAUGAAUUUUAAUUCCCAAAAAAAAUUGCUAAUAAAAAAAUAUUUUCUGGU